GUCACAACAUAAAAGUAGGAAUUCAGUUUUUGUUUAGUACGUAGUAGUGUGUGUUACAGUGAAUCAAAUAUCUCGAGUGAAAAUGAACGCUCUUGUUGCCACCAACCGUAACUUCUCACGUGCAUCUCGAAUUCUUGGUUUAGAUUCCAAACUUGAGAAAAGUCUUCUCAUUCCCUACAGAGAAAUCAAAGUUGAAUGUACGAUCCCAAAAGAUGAUGGAAGUUUGGUUUCGUACGUUGGUUUUAGGAUCCAACAUGACAAUGCUCGUGGUCCUAUGAAAGGAGGAAUUCGUUAUCAUCCUGAGGUUGAUCCUGAUGAAGUGAAUGCUCUAGCUCAGCUAAUGACAUGGAAGACAGCUGUGGUAGACAUCCCAUAUGGUGGAGCAAAGGGCGGAAUCGGUUGCAACCCAAAGGAACUGAGCAUCAGCGAGUUGGAACGUCUCACUCGUGUUUUCACACAAAAGAUUCAUGAUCUCAUUGGCAUUCAUAGGGAUGUUCCUGCCCCUGAUAUGGGAACUAAUUCACAGACAAUGGCUUGGAUUCUUGAUGAGUAUUCAAAGUUUCAUGGUCAUUCACCGGCAGUUGUGACCGGAAAGCCUAUUGAUCUUGGAGGUUCAUUGGGAAGAGAUGCUGCCACAGGAUUAGGAGUGGUUUUUGCAACUGAGGCUUUAUUCGAUGAAUAUGGGAAAUCAAUUUCUGAUAUGACAUUUGCCAUUCAGGGUUUUGGAAAUGUUGGCACAUGGGCUGCAAGGUCAAUUUUUGAGAGAGGGGGUAAGGUGGUUGCAGUAAGUGACAUCAGUGGUGCUAUUAGUAACCCAAAUGGCAUUGAUAUAAUUGCUCUUCUGAAACACAAGGAAGGAAAUGGUACUUUGAAGGAUUUCUCAGGAGGAGAUACUAUGGAUCCAAAUGACUUGCUUGUUCAUGAAUGUGACGUUCUCAUUCCAUGUGCUUUGGGUGGUGUUCUCAAUAAGGAAAAUGCUAAUGAUGUGAAAGCAAAAUUUAUUAUAGAAGCUGCAAAUCAUCCAACUGAUCCUGAUGCUGAUGAGAUACUGUCUAAGAAGGGAGUAAUUAUAUUACCAGACAUUUAUGCCAAUGCUGGUGGAGUGACUGUAAGCUACUUUGAAUGGGUUCAGAAUAUUCAAGGAUUUUUGUGGGAUGAAGAGAAAGUGAACCGUGAGCUAAAAAAGUACAUGACAAAAGCUUUCAAGAACAUAAAAACAAUGUGUAAAAGUAAUAACUGCGACUUGCGAAUGGGAGCUUUCACUCUUGGACUCGACCGUGUUGCUCGCGCUACGCUUUUGAGAGGUUGGGAAGCUUAGAGAAUCACUAGUUGCUAUAAGGAAUUGGAAAGUCUCUUUUUCAUGUUAUUUAUCUGUUACUUUAGUUUUUGUUCAUUGUUAAGUAGCUUAUGGUAAUUUACCAUAUACUACUUGCUAUGAUCAUUUCUGCUAUAUGGUAAAUUAUCAUUCAUUUUUU